GGCGCAGAGAGAAUUAGGUGUACAAUAUAUAUUAGGGGGUCCAAUGACUGCUUGCAGUUGGCUGUAUGGAAAGGUAAUCCUAGAUGGAGGCUUUUCCAUUUGAAUUCACCAGUCUCCAUCAUCUUCCUUUCUUUCCUUUCCUUCUCCUCAUGUUAACGCAUAUAUAAAGAUCACAAAUUUCAGACAAUCAGCACAACUUCAAUGGUAUAACCUAUAUACAGUACUUCUCAUUGGUUUCUUUUAAAGAAAAAAUGAUUUCCUCUCCCUUAAAAUAUUCCGCUGUCAUUGUAAUAUUGCUAUAUGCCUUGACCUUUUCAUUUUCGGUGAGUGCACGACCCGCCACUUUUUUACAGGACUUUAAAGUGGCAUGGGCUGACUCUCACAUCAAGCAAAUCGAUGGCGGCAAGGCUAUUCAGCUUAUACUCGACCAAAACUCAGGAUGUGGGUUUGCUUCCAAAAGCAAGUACCUCUUUGGACGUGUUAGCAUGAAGAUCAAGCUCGUUCCUGGCGACUCUGCUGGAACUGUCACCGCCUUUUACAUGAACUCGGACACAGAUAACGUAAGGGACGAGCUAGACUUUGAGUUCUUGGGAAACAGGUCAGGCCAGCCGUACACUGUCCAAACGAAUGUCUAUGUCCAUGGAAAGGGCGACAAGGAACAAAGGAUCAACCUUUGGUUCGAUCCAUCCGCUGAUUUUCAUACCUACACUAUUCUUUGGAACCACCAUCAUACUGUAUUCUACGUGGACUCAGUACCCAUUAGAGUGUAUAAGAACAACGAAGCAAAAGGAAUCCCAUUCCCCAAAUUCCAACCCAUGGGAGUGUAUUCAACAUUGUGGGAAGCCGAUGACUGGGCAACGAGAGGUGGAUUAGAGAAAAUAAAUUGGAGCAAAUCCCCAUUUUACGCAUACUACAAGGACUUUGACAUAGAGGGAUGUGCAAUGCCAGGACCAGCAAAUUGUGCCUCAAAUCCACGCAAUUGGUGGGAAGGAGCUAAUUACCAACAACUCAGUGCUGUGGAAGCAAGGCAAUAUCGCUGGGUUAGAAUGAACCACAUGAUCUAUGAUUAUUGCACUGACAAAUCCAGAAAUCCAGUCCCCCCACCAGAAUGUGUGGCCGGAAUAUGAAACUUUUACAUCAACUGUCCAUUAUUUGUAUACAUAUUAAAUGGUGCAUAUAAUUGGAGCGGUGAUUAAAUUCGGAAACCAGGUGAAAAAGAAUGCUGCAUAUAGAUAUCAGUAUAUAAUCAUCGUUACCGACACUACACAUAUGUCCCUACAAAGAAGGGGGAAGGGGAGAAGAGAAGAAAUUUGUUGUAUUUAAUUUAUGUUGAUAUUGUCAUGGGUCCGUUAAUUAGCUAGCUCAUAUUAUUGAAAGCUCCGUGUUGUUGUGAUUUGUGAACGUGAGAUCUACCGAAGGUCUAAGAGUAGUAAGUGGUGGGCAAAAGUCAAAUGUCAUUUUAUUGCUUUAAUUGGUGUUGUCUGUAUUUGCUGUAAACUGCACGAGAGCCAAUAAUGUUUCUUCUUGCUUGCAUUGUGAAAAGGAUGUGAUGUUUUAUUCUUC